AUGAGACCUGAAAUCGAACAAGAGCUUUCGCACGUGUUGUUGACAGAAUUGUUGGCCUACCAAUUUGCCUCGCCCGUCAGAUGGAUCGAGACCCAAGAUGUCUUUUUGAAAGAACACAAUACUGAACGUGUUGUGGAAAUCGGUCCUUCGCCAACUUUGGCCGGUAUGGCCUCCAGAACCAUCAAGGCCAAGUACGAGUCCUACGAUGCUGCUUUGUCUUUGCAGCGCCAGGUUUUGUGUUACGCCAAAGACGCCAAGGAGAUUUAUUACACGCCAGAUCCUGCCGACCUCGCGCCCCCAGCCAAAGAAGAGCCAGCUGCUGCUGCCGCUCCUGCCGCUGCCGCUCCUGCUGCCGCUGCUCCAGUCGCAGCUGCUCCAGCCGCCCCAGCUGCUGCCCCAGCGGGUCCAGCCGCUUCGAUUUCUGACGAGCCAGUCAAGGCGUCGCUUCUUUUGCACGUUUUGGUUGCUCAGAAGUUGAAGAAGCCAUUGGAAGGCGUGCCUAUGAGCAAGGCCAUCAAGGACUUGGUCAACGGUAAGUCCACCGUGCAAAACGAGAUUUUGGGUGACUUGGGUAAAGAAUUCGGUUCGACCCCAGAUAAGCCAGAAGACACCCCAUUGGAAGAAUUGGCCGAGCAGUUCCAAGACACCUUCAACGGCCUGUUGGGUAAGACGUCUCUGUCCUUGAUUGGCCGUUUGAUGUCGUCGAAAAUGCCUGGUGGUUUCUCCAUCACCGUGGCCAGAAAGUAUUUGGAAACCAGAUUCGGUUUGGGCUCUGGUAGACAGGACUCGGUCUUGUUGAUGGCAUUGGUCAACGAGCCACCAUCUCGUUUGGGCUCUGACGCUGAGGCCAAGGAGUUUUUGGACUCCGUGGCCCAGAAAUACGCCUCCUCCGCCGGAAUCUCCUUGUCUUCGGCCUCUGCUGGUAGCGGUGGAGCCGCUGCUGGCGGUGCUGUCAUUGACAGCGCUGCUUUGGACGCUUUGAGCGCCGAGAGCAAGACCUUGGCCAGACAACAGUUGGAAGUGUUGGCCAGAUACUUGCAAGUGGACUUGAACAAGGGUGCUAAGUCGUUCAUCAAGGAAAAGGAAGCGUCUGUGUUGUUGCAGAAGGAGCUCGACUUAUGGGAGGCUGAGCACGGCGAGUUCUACGCUAAGGGUAUCAAGCCAAUCUUUUCUUCUUUGAAGGCUAGAACCUACGACUCCUACUGGAACUGGGCCCGUCAAGAUGUCUUGUCCAUGUACUUUGACAUCAUUUUUGGCAAGUUGACCUCCGUCGACCGUGAAACCAUCAACCAAUGUAUCCAAAUCAUGAACAGAGCGUCGCCAACUUUGAUCAAGUUCAUGCAGUAUCACAUUGACCACACUCCAGAGUACAAGGGUGAAACCUACCAGUUGGCCCGUAGAUUGGGCCAGCAGUUGAUUGACAACUGUAAGCAGGUCAUGGACGUGGACCCAGUGUACAAGGAUGUGUCCAGAAUCACCGGUCCUAAGACUACUGUCGACUCCAAGGGUAACAUUGUCUACGAAGAGGCCAACAAGGAAUCUGUUCGCAAGUUCGAGCAAUACGUGUACGAGAUGGCCCAAGGUGGCUCCAUGACCAAGCAAGUCCAGCCUACUAUCCAAGAGGACUUGUCCCGUGUUUACCAGGCCAUUUCCAAGCAGGCCACUGUGUCGAAGAACACCAAGGUCGAGCUCGACAAGUUGUACUCUCAAUUGGUUGAGUUCUUGGAAGAGAGCAAGGAAAUUGAGACUGCUCAGGCCACCAAGACUGCCUUGCAACACCAGACCAGCUCAUCUUCUACUGACGAAGAGGAAACCUCCGCUUCUUCCGACGACGAGAUCGCGUCUUUGCCAGACAAGACUUCUAUCUUGCAACCAGUUUCCUCUACCAUCCCACCACAAACCAUCCCAUUCUUGAACCUCCAGAAGAAGGGCAAGAACGGUUGGGAGUUCGACCACAAGUUGUCUUCCAUGUACUUGGACGGUUUGGAAAGCGGUGCUGUCAACGGUUUGACUUUCAAGGACAAGCACGUUUUGGUCACUGGUGCCGGUGCUGGCUCCAUUGGUGCCGAAAUUUUGCAAGGUUUGAUUUCUGGUGGUGCUAAGGUUGUAGUCACCACUUCCCGUUUCUCCAAGAAGGUUACUGAGUACUACCAGGCCAUGUACUCCAGAUAUGGUGCUGCCGGCUCCACUUUGAUUGUUGUGCCUUUCAACCAGGGUUCCAAGCAAGACGUUGACGCUUUGAUCUCCUACAUCUACGACACCAAGGAAGGUUUGGGUUGGGACUUGGAUGCCAUCAUUCCAUUCGCUGCCAUUCCUGAAAACGGCAAUGGUUUGGACAACAUCGACUCCAAGUCCGAGUUGGCCCACAGAAUUAUGUUGACCAACUUGUUGAGAAUGUUGGGUGCUGUCAAGGCCAAGAAGACCACUGACACUAGACCAGCUCAAGUGAUCUUGCCUCUUUCUCCUAACCACGGUACCUUCGGUUUCGAUGGUUUGUACUCCGAAUCCAAGAUCUCUUUGGAAACCUUGUUCAACAGAUGGUACUCUGAAGACUGGUCGACCAAGUUGACCAUUUGUGGUGCCAUCAUUGGUUGGACUAGAGGUACUGGUUUGAUGAGUGCCAACAACAUCAUUGCUGAGGGCAUUGAAAAGGUGGGUGUGAGAACCUUCUCCCAGAAGGAGAUGGCUUUCAACAUCUUGGGUUUGUUGACUCCAGAAGUUGUCAACUUGUGCCAGGAGCAACCUGUCAUGGCCGACUUGAACGGUGGUUUGCAGUUCAUUGACAACUUGAAGGAGUUCACCUCCAAGUUGAGAUCUGACUUGGUUGAAAACGCUGACGUUAGAAGAGCUGUUUCCAUCGAAAAUGCCAUCGAACAAAAGGUUGUUCACGGUGACAACGUCGAUGCUAACUACAGCAAGGUUAGCGUGCAACCAAGAGCUAACAUGACUUUCGCUUUCCCUGACAUGAAGCCAUACGAGGAGAUCAAGAAGAUUUCCCCAGACAUGGAGAACAUGUUGGACUUGGAAUCUGUUAUUGUUGUCACUGGUUUCUCCGAAGUUGGUCCAUGGGGUAACGCCAGAACCAGAUGGGAGAUGGAAGCUUACGGUGAAUUCUCUCUUGAAGGUUGUAUUGAGAUGGCCUGGAUUAUGGGCUUGAUCAAGUACCACAACGGUAACUUGAAGGGUAAGCCAUACUCUGGCUGGGUGGAUGCCAAGACUCAACAGCCAGUUGAGGACAAGGACAUCAAGGCCAAGUACGAGGAAGAAAUCUUAGAGCAUUCCGGUAUCCGUCUCAUUGAGCCUGAAUUGUUUGACGGCUACGAUCCUAAGAAGAAGCAAAUGAUUCAAGAAGUUGUUAUUCAACACGACUUGGAGCCAUUUGAAGCUUCUAAGGAGACUGCUGAGCAAUACAAGCACCAACAUGGCGACAAGUGUGAGAUUUUCGAGAUUGAAGAGUCUGGAGAAUACACCGUUAAGAUUUUGAAGGGUGCCACUUUGUUUGUUCCAAAGGCCUUGAGAUUCGACAGAUUGGUUGCUGGUCAAAUCCCAACCGGCUGGAACGCUAAGAACUACGGUAUUCCAGAGGACACCAUCUCGCAAGUUGACCCUAUCACCUUGUUCGUGUUGGUUUCUACCGUGGAGGCCUUGUUGGCUGCUGGUAUUACCGACCCAUACGAAUUCUACAAGUAUGUCCACGUCUCUGAAGUCGGUAACUGUUCUGGUUCCGGUAUGGGUGGUGUUUCUGCCUUGAGAGGUAUGUUCAAGGACAGAUACUCGGACAGACCAGUGCAAAACGAUAUUUUGCAAGAGUCUUUCAUCAACACCAUGUCUGCUUGGGUGAACAUGUUGUUGUUGUCUUCCUCUGGUCCUAUCAAGACUCCAGUUGGUGCAUGUGCUACUGCUGUUGAGUCUGUUGACACCGGUAUCGAGACCAUCUUGUCUGGAAAGGCUAAGGUUUGUAUCGUUGGUGGUUACGAUGACUUCCAAGAAGAAGGCUCGUAUGAGUUCGCUAACAUGAACGCCACUUCCAAUGCUGUUGACGAGUUUGCCCAUGGCAGAACUCCUUCGGAAAUGUCCAGACCAGCCACCACCACCAGAAACGGUUUCAUGGAGGCUCAAGGUUCUGGUAUCCAGGUUAUCAUGACCGCAGACUUGGCCAUCAAGAUGGGUGUUCCAAUCUACGCUGUUUUGGCCAUGACUGCCACUGCCACCGAUAAGAUCGGUAGAUCUGUGCCUGCUCCAGGUAAGGGUAUUUUGACUACUGCCCGUGAGCACCACGGUGACUUGAAGUACCCAUCUGCCAUGAUGAACGUCAAGUACAGAAGCAGACAAUUGAAGAAGAGAUUGGAGCAAAUUGGUGCUUGGGAGGCUUCCGAAAUCGAGUACUUGUCUGAGGAAGCUGAGUUGGCCAAGGAAGAGUUUGGUGCUGACUUCUCCGUUUCUGAGUUCAUGCGUGAGAGAACCGAAGAAAUCCGCCGUGAGGCCAAGAGACAAGCCGCUGAUGCCAAGAAGCAGUGGGGUAACUUCUUCUACAAGAACGACCCUAGAAUUGCUCCAUUGAGAGGUUCUUUGGCCGCCUUCGGUUUGACCAUCGAUGACUUGGGUGUUGCUUCCUUCCACGGUACUUCUACUAAGGCCAACGAUAAGAAUGAGUCUGCCACCAUCAACUCCAUGAUGAAGCACUUGGGCAGAAGCGAAGGUAACCCAGUGUUUGGUGUUUUCCAGAAGUACUUGACUGGUCACCCUAAGGGUGCUGCUGGUGCUUGGAUGUUGAACGGUGCCAUCCAAAUCUUGAACAGUGGUAUUGUUCCAGGUAACAGAAACGCUGACAAUGUUGACAAGGUCAUGGAGGACUUUGAGUACGUGUUGUACCCAUCCAGAUCCAUCCAAACCGACGGUAUCAAGGCUGUGUCUGUCACCUCUUUCGGUUUCGGUCAGAAGGGUGCUCAAGCCGUUGCUGUUCACCCUGAUUACUUGUUUGCUGUUUUGGACAAGAACUCCUACGAGGACUACGCUUCCAGAGUCAGCUCCAGAAACAAGAGAGCCUACAGAUACAUGCACAACGCCAUCACCCGUAACACCAUGUUUGUGGCUAAGGACAAGGCUCCAUACGCUGAUGAGUUGGAGCAACCUGUGUACUUGGACCCAUUGGCACGUGUUGAGGAGAGCAAGACUGGCCUUGUUUUCAGCAAGAAGGGUGUUCAGUCGAACAAGAGCUACGUCUCUUCAAUUUCUGACGCCACUUCCAAGGCCUUGAGCUCUUUGAACAAGGGUUCCAAGGGUGUUGGUGUGGACGUGGAGUUGCUUUCAUCUUUGAACUUGGACAACGAGACUUUUGUUGAGAGAAACUUCACUUCUGCUGAAGUCGAGUACGCCUCGAAGUCUCCUUUCCCACAAGCGUCUUUCACAGGCACUUGGUCGGCCAAGGAAGCUGUCUUCAAGGCUUUGGGUGUCAAGUCUCAAGGUGCUGGUGCUUCUUUGAAGGACAUUGAGAUCGUUCGUGACAGCAACGGUGCUCCAAAGGUUGUGUUGAACGGAUCUGCUAAGGAGGCUGCUGCCAAGGCUGGUGUGAAGAACGUUAGUGUGUCGAUUUCCCACGACGACUUCCAAGCUACUGCUGUCGCUUUGAGCGAGUUUUGA